AAUCUCAGCAGUGGGAGGAGAAGAAGCAGAAGAAGAAGAAAAAGAAGAAGAAACGGGGUCUCGGUCUGCGGAGGGGGGUGACGGACGGGCUGAGCGUUUUUUGUUCCCCUGGUGCAUCCUGCAUAAACGGUGAGCAGGAGUUACAUCGACCCGAACCAGAGCAGCCCGACCUGGACAGAGCCUUGAGGAGCUGGUCGUCACGGAUCGGGACUAAGGCGCUUUUGUUUCUCUCUCAACUCCUGCGGGUUUGUGGGCUCCAGCGGCGGCGAAGACGAUCCAGCUCGCCCAGGGAAGGAGGCUGGAAGUCGGGGACGCUUCCAGCCUGCAGGGCCGGGCGCCGUGGCGACAGAGCAUCCGGGAAUUGGUGAACCCUUUGGGGCUCAGUGGAUGGGAUGGAGCCGGGGCCAUCUGGCGCUGUGCCCAUCGGGCCGUACCCCCCGCCCCUGCAGCAGGUGUUUCAGGCGCCCCGCAGGCCGGGCAUUGGCACCGUUGGAAAACCCAUCAAGCUGCUCGCCAACUACUUUGAGGUGGAAAUCCCAAAAAUGGAUGUGUUCCACUAUGAAGUGGACAUCAAACCUGAUAAAUGUCCUCGACGGGUCAACAGGGAGGUUGUGGAGUACAUGGUCCAGCAUUUCAAACCGCAGCUGUUUGGCGACCGAAAGCCAGUGUAUGAUGGGAAGAAGAAUAUCUACACUGUUUUAGCGCUGCCUAUAGGCAGUGAAAAGGUUGAUUUCGAGGUGACCAUCCCCGGCGAGGGGAAGGAUCGCAUCUUUAAAGUGUCCAUUCGCUGGCUGGCCAAAGUGUCAUGGCGGCUGCUGCAGGAGACGCUGGUCAGUGGACGUCUACAGGUCCCGCUGGACUCUGUCCAAGCCCUCGAUGUGGCCAUGAGACACCUGGCCUCCAUGAGGUACACUCCUGUGGGACGCUCCUUCUUCUCUCCUCCUGAAGGCUACUAUCAUCCUCUGGGUGGAGGCAGAGAGGUCUGGUUCGGCUUCCAUCAGUCUGUUCGGCCGGCCAUGUGGAAGAUGAUGCUCAACAUUGACGUGUCUGCAACAGCCUUUUAUAAAGCUCAGCCUGUCAUUGAGUUCAUGUGUGAAGUUCUGGACAUCCGUAACAUCGACGAGCAGCCGAAGACGCUCACCGACUCGCAGAGGGUUCGUUUCACCAAGGAGAUCAAAGGUCUGAAGGUGGAGGUUACGCACUGUGGUCAAAUGAAAAGAAAGUACCGCGUCUGUAAUGUCACACGACGUCCUGCUAGCCACCAAACGUUUCCUCUGCAGCUUGAGAGCGGACAGACAGUGGAAUGUACCGUGGCUCAAUACUUCAAGCAGAAGUACAGCCUGCAGCUCAAGUACCCUCACCUGCCCUGUCUCCAGGUGGGCCAGGAGCAGAAACACACCUACCUGCCCCUGGAGGUGUGUAAUAUUGUAGCAGGGCAGCGGUGCAUCAAGAAACUGACAGAUAAUCAGACGUCCACCAUGAUCAAAGCCACAGCGAGAUCAGCUCCAGACCGACAGGAGGAGAUCAGCAGACUGAUGAAGAAUGCUAACUUUAAUCUGGAUCCCUACAUUCAAGAGUUUGGGAUCAAGGUGAAGGACGACAUGGCCGAGGUGACGGGCCGAGUGCUUCCCGCUCCCAUCCUGCAGUACGGCGGUCGGAAUCGUGCAAUUGCGACUCCCAACCAGGGUGUGUGGGAUAUGAGGGGAAAGCAGUUCUACAACGGCAUCGAGAUCAAAGUGUGGGCCAUCGCUUGCUUCGCCCCACAGAAACAGUGUCGGGAAGAGGUGCUCAAGAACUUCACGGACCAGCUGCGUAAGAUCUCGAAGGACGCUGGGAUGCCGAUCCAGGGUCAGCCGUGUUUCUGUAAGUACGCACAGGGAGCCGACAGCGUGGAGCCCAUGUUCAGACACCUGAAGAACACCUACUCCGGCCUGCAGCUCAUCAUCGUCAUCCUGCCCGGAAAAACCCCCGUCUACGCCGAGGUCAAGCGUGUGGGAGACACUCUUCUAGGAAUGGCCACUCAGUGUGUUCAGGUGAAGAACGUGGUGAAAACCUCCCCUCAGACGCUCUCCAACCUCUGCCUCAAGAUCAACGUCAAACUCGGCGGCAUCAACAACAUCCUGGUGCCGCAUCAACGGUCGGCCGUGUUCCAGCAGCCGGUGAUCUUCCUCGGAGCAGAUGUCACUCACCCGCCGGCUGGUGAUGGGAAGAAGCCAUCUAUUACUGCGGUGGUGGGGAGCAUGGACGCUCAUCCCAGCAGGUACUGCGCUACAGUUCGAGUUCAGCGACCCAGACAGGAGAUCAUUGAAGACCUGUCCUACAUGGUGCGAGAGUUACUCAUCCAGUUCUACAAGUCCACCCGCUUCAAACCCACCAGAAUCAUCUUCUACAGGGACGGCGUGCCAGAAGGACAGUUACCACAAAUCCUGCACUACGAGCUGUUGGCCAUCAGAGACGCCUGCAUCAAGCUGGAGAAAGACUACCAGCCGGGCAUCACCUACGUUGUAGUGCAGAAACGCCACCACACACGCCUCUUCUGCGCUGACAAAUCUGAAAGAAUCGGGAAGAGCGGGAACAUCCCAGCAGGAACUACGGUGGACACCAGCAUCACGCAUCCGUUUGAGUUUGAUUUCUACCUGUGCAGUCAUGCAGGUAUUCAGGGCACCAGCCGACCCUCGCACUACUACGUCCUGUGGGACGACAACCACUUCACAGCAGACGAGCUGCAGAUCCUCACCUACCAGCUGUGCCACACAUAUGUGCGCUGCACCCGCUCCGUCUCCAUCCCAGCGCCUGCGUACUACGCCCGACUCGUGGCUUUCCGUGCACGAUACCAUCUGGUGGAUAAAGAGCACGACAGCGGGGAGGGCAGUCACGUCUCUGGACAGAGCAACGGUCGAGAUCCUCAGGCGCUGGCCAAAGCUGUGCAGAUUCACCACGACACACUGAGGACCAUGUACUUUGCCUGAGCAGAUCUUUACCACACGCUGGACCAUCACACAUCCCUCGAAACAGUUCACAGGGUGCUACCAGUCCUACAGAACCCAACACGGAGGCUCAGACUUUGUGUUUUGUUGAAUCCGGUUGACCUAUGCUCUUUUUUAUUAUUUAAUUGUGUAUUAUUGUAUACUACCUUCACACUCCCUCAUGUACGGAUGUAUGCAAUACGGAGGUAAGGAACGCAGACGAAGCUGUAGUUUUGUACGCCACCACAAAGCUGCCUCUUCACAUGACGCCAGACUUCAAAGGAACUGUUGUUACUUCCUCGUUAUUUUUCUUGUUGUGUUGAAUUUUCGUUUGAAAUGUUUAUUUUUGUGAAUGACUUGGUACAUUAGCACUUCGUUGUAGUUGAAAGACACCACGGGCCCUGCGUUUACAUGUCGCAGGUGGAGAUCGACUGUAGCGUAAGACGCAGAAGCAGGUGUCUCUGAUCAAUUUUAGAAUCGGCGUUAGUGGUCAUAUUAGCAUAACGAUAGAUGGACCACUGAGUGCUCACUGCGUUUGCACUCUCACAUCAGCAAGCAUAACACCGAAACCAGCAUUAUGCACCAGCCAAAUUCCAUGCAACUGCUGAAAAGAGCCCUCAUCUGUAAAACAUGUGUUUUACUGCACUUGAAAAGGAUGAUUUUUUUUUUUACUUCCAAUGCACAUAAAUCUUUCUGAACUCACAGGAAUAGUUCACCCAAUAAAAAAAUUCACCCUUGUGUCAUUGCAAACCCUGGAUUUUUUUUCUUCCGUGAAACAGAACGAGCUGUUUUCAGUGCAACACUAGGUAGAGGGUGAUUUUUACUGUAAAGCGCCAUAUAAAUGUAUAAAACUAGCCUGCAUGACUUACAUAUUAUAGCCCAGUCUUUCUGAAAUCAUAUUUUAGAUUUGUGUAAGAAAAAGACACAAAUUUAAGUUAUUGUUCACUAUUUUUUUACUUUUAGCUUUUUGUUUUUUAAAUGCGUCUGUAAAAGAUAUUUGAGAGCUGCAAUGAAGGAGACGAUAAUCAGUUAAUAAUAAUAUAAUUUUAGGUCUGUUCCUUACAUAAAUGUAUUAUGAAUACAGAAGACUUGGAUUAUUUACAUGGCAGUAUAAAUUACCAUCCAACUUUGUUGUACAGAAAACAGAAUAUAUAUAUAUAUAUAUAUAUAUAUAUAUCAAGUUACAUUUUGAUAAAUCAUGACAAUGUAUUUCUUUGGAAUAACAUGCACUUAUUAAUGCAUGCUUCAUAAGGUUUUGAUUGUUCUUGUUGUUUCUUCAUUAACAUUUUUGGGUGAACUUUUCCUUUAAAUCCUUUUCUUCAACUUGCCUCUGUAAACAAAGCAAAACAAGGUCACUGAGGCAAGUCAU